CAUGUACAUUUUAUACGGACUUUGUUGCGCCAUUGAAAUUAUUCGUGUUAAUCACAGUGUGCCGUGCUUUUGAAGUUUACACAAUUGUACCGAAUUUAUGUCUCUAUAUAACGUUGUUAGUUUGUGUUUCAGAAUAGCUCGCUUCACAUACUGCAGUGUCACCUGGAGCGCGCCUCAAGGACGUCGUCUACAAAGUUUCUUUGCGUUGGAAGUUGAGUGGCUAUAGCUAGCUAGGACUGUUUUCGUACUUAUUGGCUAGCAAUGUGUUGUCAUUCGUAAGUAACAUCAGAUAUGUUUUAACUCAAUCAUGAGUUAUAAUAACUAGUCAUUAUUGACAAACGUUAACAAAGUCCACGCUUUGAAAGGUAGUAGCUAGCUAUCUAACGUUAGCUAGCUAACCAUUGGUUAUAGCUAGCGAAAUUAGCUAACGUUGCAUGUACGAGUUUGGCGUAACUUGAUAAAGAGAGGCAAUGUUACCAGUAAUCGAAAACACUUUUAAAAGUGUUUUUAUAUUUGCAAGUUAGCUUGUUUACUGGAUACGCUAUUUCUACAUUGGCUUGAGAGGCUGUUAGAUGCUGAUUAUGAUUUUAUACAUUCUAUUCAAUUCCAUACAACUAUGUUUCAGGGCGGAAUAUUCUAAUAAUUCAAUUAACAGAUAAUUCUCAAAUAACAGAGGCCAGCAGCCGUGUUUUUGACAGCUUUUUAGAGUAUAACGGUAGUCCUGUCUGUCUUUAGAGGGGCGUUUACCGCAGUUUGCUAAUGUGCAGCACCAGCUAACGUUUUAAUCUGUAACUACUGUAACGUUAACUGUAACCCGCCAGCUAGCGUGGAUAUUAUGUAAUGUCAAUGAGUUUUCUACUGUACUGCAUCAUAGAAUGCUGGUUAUGUCAAUUCUGCUGUCCAUUUAGAAUUUAUAGCUAACGAAUUCAUGUUCGUUUUUGCUUACUGUCUGAGUUAAGUAUAUUGCUAGCAAAAAUAGCUAACUUGACUGCAUCCUGUUGGCUUCUUUUAACAUUUGACAGCACCAUACAUAAACUGUAGCUAGCUACGUCACGUGAGCAAGGGAAUAACAGCGCACGAGCUAGCAAGCUACAUCAAUACUUUUCCAACGGGGAAUGCAGCAAAUCAUUCAGCGCUGCACGAGGAAUAUUUCCUGUGAAGACGGAUUAGAAGCCAUAGAGCUCAGAAAUUCAGCGUUGCACGAGGAAUAUUUCCCGUGAAGACGGAUUAGAAGCCAUAGAGCUCAGAAUUCCAGCAAAGUCGAACUGAAUGGAUAUGAUCUAGUUUGGAAAACUCCCUUGUCUGAUUAAGCAGGAUCAAGAAAUGGAUAACCAGGACAAGAGCUUAGAGAGAGGUGAAGAGGGAAGCUUCUCGGUUAACGCAGGCAGUUCCAAGGCCACCACAUUAACUUCAGUGAUGCAUUUGCCUGGCUCCACACCCCAGCCUCCAGCCAGAGACUCCUGUAACGGACUGAAUGUCACUAAGAUACAGGGUGAGCUCUCCACAGCAGGGACAACCUCCAUUGGACUCCCUAUAGAGGAGGCUGAAGAGAAGUUAAUGGGCAAGGCCCUGAGAAUGCAGAAUGCACAGAAACAGCAGCAGAAUCAUCAACAGCAGCAGCUGUUUGAGAACUUUGCUCUGUUGGAGGAGAGCAUUUCAGAUUUGAAUCAAGCCAACACCCCAGGGAGAUCCGUACUUGGAUGUUCUAAUUACCUUCUCCCUCUGAAAACUGAGGACUUUUCACCAAUGGAUAAGGACAGGCUUGACAUGGAGACGGUCAGCUUUGGACAGUCACUGAAGGACUUGGAUGUCAACGAGAGGCUCCUUGGUGACAAUACGCUGGACAUUCUGCGGGAUUUGGACUUGCCUGGCUCUCUGUCUGACCUGAAUGAGUUUUACCUGGCUGAUGAGGCCGCUUUCCUUUCCUCCCUGUCAGUGGAUGAUGCCCUGCUCGUUGAAGGCAACAUGGAAACCAAGCCCAUAGUCUGUAGCAGUGGGGGAAACUGUAAAAAUGUGAAUGGUGUGGGGCAGCAACUGGGCCCAGGGAUCUCCAUGUCUGUCAUCAAGACCGAGAAGGACUCUGACACCUCCUUCAUCCAGCUUUACACCCCAGGGGUAAUCAAGCAGGAGAACGAGCGCCAGAGCUACUGUCAGAUAUCCAGCCUGGACAUACCUGGUACCCACAGCUCGGUGGGCUCCAUGAGUGGGCCGAGUUACCACUACAGCACAAACACAUCGACGGCAGUGUGUGUACAGCAGGAUCAGAAGCCUGUCUUUGGCCUGUAUCCGCCACUGCCCUCAGUCAGUGAUGGCUGGAACAGAGGCCAGGAAUUUGGGGAUGGAUCAGGGAUGUCAACUCCAUCUUUUCCUGUCAGCUUCAGCAAUCCCACGGCCAGACCCGAGGCCAGCAGCUCCACAUCUUCAGCCCCUGCCAAGCACAGCGGUCCAACCCAUAAGAUCUGCCUGGUGUGUUCUGACGAGGCUUCUGGCUGCCACUAUGGAGUCCUCACCUGCGGAAGCUGCAAGGUCUUCUUCAAGAGGGCCGUUGAAGGAUGGAGAGCACGACAAAACACCGAUGGACAACACAACUAUCUGUGUGCCGGGAGGAAUGACUGCAUCAUAGACAGGAUCCGCAGGAAGAACUGUCCGGCGUGCCGCUUCCGCAAGUGUCUCCAAGCAGGGAUGAACCUGGAAGCAAGGAAAAACAAGAAGCUGAUCCGAUUUAAAGGUCAGCAGGCCACAACAGAGACAAACGCUCCCGCACCUGAUGAAAGGGCCUGUACCCUGAUCCCAAAGUCCAUGCCCCAGCUGGUGCCCACCAUGCUGUCCCUGCUUAAAGCCAUUGAGCCAGAGGCCAUUUACUCUGGCUACGACAGCACCAUCCCCGACACCUCCACCCGCCUUAUGACCACCCUCAACAGGUUGGGCGGACAGCAGGUCGUUUCAGCUGUUAAGUGGGCCAAGUCCCUACCAGGGUUCCGGAACCUUCACCUGGAUGAUCAGAUGACUCUGCUGCAGUGCUCCUGGCUGUUCCUCAUGUCAUUUGGCCUGGGCUGGCGCUCCUACCAGCAGUGUAACGGGGGUAUGCUGUGCUUCGCCCCUGACCUGGUUAUUAAUGAUGAGAGGAUGAAGCUGCCCUAUAUGACCGACCAGUGUGAGCAGAUGCUGAAGAUCUCCACUGAGUUUGUGAGGUUGCAGGUGUCCUACGACGAGUACCUGUGUAUGAAAGUCCUGCUGCUGCUCAGCACAGUACCAAAGGAUGGACUGAAGAGCCAGGCUGUGUUUGAUGAGAUCCGCAUGACCUACAUCAAGGAGCUGGGGAAGGCCAUCGUCAAGCGGGAAGAGAACUCCAGCCAGAACUGGCAGAGGUUCUACCAACUCACUAAGUUACUGGACUCCAUGCAGGAGAUGGUGGGGGGCCUCCUGCAGAUCUGCUUCUACACUUUUGUGAAUAAAUCCCUUAGUGUGGAGUUCCCUGAGAUGCUGGCCGAGAUCAUCAGCAACCAGAUACCAAAAUUCAAAGAUGGGAGUGUCAAGCCGCUUCUGUUUCAUCAUGCCUUAAACCAUGACACAAUGCCUUAAAACCCCAGCCUCCCCUCUCGCCAGCCAGACCCACCUGUUUUCCCUGCAGACGUCCCACCAGGUCCCCUACCAGUAUGGAUUAAUGUAGUGAGAGUGUGCACUCAAAUCGGUUCCCAGAGGACUUGGGUGGAUAGAGAAUGUGAAAAAGAGAGAGAACAGGAGUGCAAGAUUGACACUGACCAUGAGCGACAUGGCAACAAACUAACUGACCCUUCUGGAUGAAACAAUGAUUCAACUCUUCUGGAAUCGCGUUUAGACCGUGAAUCACUUCAAAAGACUUGAUCAUUGUGAGAUUGGAGGAAUCAAAUUUUAACAACAAAAAGAGAAAGGAAUAUUUUCUAUUGAUUUAAUGCAUGCACAGACCGCUGAAACGUUUACGCAAGAAUAUCAGAAAAGGGAAAACGUGCCUUUUUUUUAGCUUUACAAGCUUUCCAUAGCCAUUUUUCUCAAACUGUCAAAUGCAAGUAUUUUGCAUAGGAAUUUAAUAUAAACACCUUUGUAUGUAUUUGUGUCUGUUCUCUUUCUAAGCAGCCAUGUUUAUUUUCUAAAAUGUGUAGUUAAAUGAUCCCUGCAGUUAAAUGAUCCCCAGAAGUGAAGUGUACAGUAAAUAAUAAAACCAACAAUAUGUUCAAUUCCAUUCUCUGCAACCUUUCAGCAGUUGUUAUGCUCAAACAUUAGGUUGAAUAGAAGGUUCCUGCCCAUGUCUGAGCGUAUGUCACAGACAGUAUAUCAGGGUUCCCCAAAGUCAUUAAUGGGCCCCCCUGGGUCCAAGUUUAGUUUUUUGCCCUAGGAAUACACAGCUGGUUCAAAUAACCAACCCAUCGUGAAGCUUUGACUAUUCCAAUCAGUGGUGUAGUGUUAGAGCAAAAAAACGAAAUGUGCACCCAGGGGGGACCCCAGGACCGAGUUUGGGAAACCCAGUAGUAUGUCAUAAUUCAACAGUAAGAAAAAAAAAAGAUCAGAUCAACUUCAUCUUCAUGAUAAAAGCAAGACUCCAUCUUAAAACCAUCCAUGAUUUGUGAGUUAAAUGAAAAUGGCAGCAUUGGGCUAGGGAGAUGGGAUGGGAGUUUGCAGAAUUGGCUAAUGAUCAUAUGAUUGGUGUGUAUAUGUGAGUGAGAGAGCGCAAAAAGGAAACGGCCUGAACACGUUGGUUUGUUCAUAUGAUAUUAAAACGUAUGUAUCUAUUUUUUAUAUGAUCCGUCAAGCUGAAUUUUAGAGAGCAUACGCACAGUCACUAUUCUCUGGGAGUUGCAAACAAAUUGUUAAAUUGCCCAUGCUUAAAAGAAAAAUCCACUCAAGUGAUAUUUUUUUCAUUGGUCUACUGUUGAAACAGUCCAAAAAUGUUACCAGUCAAGUUUGUCACCAGUCAAGUUAAGAUGUAGGAUUUUCAAGAAGCAACGUGUCACUUGCCACAUCAUCAUCAUCAUGAUGAUAUUUUAUCAUCAUGAUGGUUUAAAAGUCACCUGUAUGUAUUAUUCUAGUGCCAAACUGCAAUUUCUCAAUUUUUAUUCAAAAUAUGAAAUGGAAAAACAGCAGAACUGUGUAAUUGUUACACAUAAUUUAUUUAGCUGUCCUCACAUUAGUUGACAUAACAGUUUUCACCCCCUUGGCAUCACCCCCUUGGCAUUUUUCCUAUUUUGUUGCCAUACAACCGGGAAUUAAACUAGAUUUGGGGGGGGGGGGUUUGUAUCAUUUGAUUUACACAACAUGCCUACCACUUUGAAGAUGCAAAAUAUUUUGUAUUGUGAAGCAAACAAGAAAUACAACAAAAAAACUAAAAACUUGAGUAUGCAUAACUAUUCAACCCCCCAAAUCAAUACUUUGUAAAGCCAACUUUUGCAGCAAUUACAGUCCCCAGUCAUACUCCAGUCUCUUGAGGUAUGUCUCUCUAAGCUUGGCACAUCUAGCCACUGGGAUUUUGCCCAUUCUCCAAGGAAAAACUGCUUCAGCUCCUUCAAGUUGGAUGACUUCUGCUGGUUUACAGCAAUCUUUAACUUAUACCACAGAUUCUCAAUUGGAUUGAGGUCUGGGCUUUGACUAGGCCAUUCCAAGAAAUGUAAAUGUUUUCCAUUAAACCACUUGAGUGUUGCUUUAGCAGUAUGCUUAGGGUCAUUGUC